AUGGCGCCCCUGACGUUUGAGCAGAAGGUGGCGCAACUGAAACGCGAGGCAGAGCACUACGCCGACUACUUGAGCGACGAGGAGGUGGAGAAUGAGGUGAUGAUCAAGGCUCAUGAGGAGGCGGACUUUUGCAAUGAUUUUAGUAUGGCUGUGGUCGUAGGCGGACUGCCCGUGGUGGACGAGUCCAAGCACGGCAAGCUACUGAACGUGGUGAAGAAGAUCUUUGGCCAGGUGGGCUCGGUCGUGGACAUUGACAUGCCUUUCGGAGAUGAUGGCAACACGACGGGCUUUGCUUUUGUCGAGUACGAGCAGGAGGCGCACGCGAAUGACGCUGUGCGGACGAUUAACAGCUUUGCAUUGGACAAGCGCCACACGAUGAAUGUCAACAAGUACGAGGACAUUGAGCGCUAUCUGAAGACACCUGAGGAGUUUGUCGCACCGAAAGUGGACAAGUUUGUCGAGCCAAAGAAUCUCAAGUCGUGGCUUACGGACCCGUCCCGUCGCGACAUGUUCGUGCUACGCCAUGGCACGGAGACAGAGAUCUUCUGGAGCGACAAGGGCGAGGUCGAGCUCGACUAUGCUGGCGACCGGGAGAAGACGAACGGCAAACAAUGGUGCAUGCAGUACGUGUUGUGGUCCCCUCAGGGCACGUACUUGGCUACCUUCCACCCUCAGGGCAUUGCUCUCUGGGGUGGUGACAAGUACGAGAAGGUGGGACGCUUUGCCCACAAGAAAGUGAAGCUCGCGAUGUUCUCGCCGAAUGAGAACUACCUCAUUACAGUGAGCGAGACGGAGCAGGAGUCGGCCAUUAUCAUUUGGGACGUCAAGACUAGCAAAUUGCUGCGUGCGUUCUCAGCUGGCAAGCCAACGGGUGCCAAGGGCGAGGUCGUGCAGGGUCUUAUGACCCCGUUCAAAUGGAGUGCUGAUGAUAAAUACGUUGCGCGUCGUGGCACCGACGUCAUCAGUGUCUACGAGCUUCCUUCGAUGAAGCUGCUCGAGAAGAAGUCGCUCCGUGCUGAGGGGGUGCAUGACUUCUUCUGGUCGCCGACCGACCCGAUUCUCGCGUACUGGGCGCCAGAGGGCAAUAACGUGCCCGCCCGAGUGUCACUGGUAGAGCUGCCGUCGCGCCGCGAGGUGCGUCAGAAGAACCUGUUCAACGUGAGCGACUGCAAGCUGCACUGGCACCCGAACGGCACGUUCUUGUGCGUCAAGGUCACGCGUCACUCAAAGUCAAAGAAGACUAUGUACACGAACUUUGAGCUGUUCCGUGUGCAAGAGCAGCUGGUGCCUGUUGAGAUGCUCGAGGUGAAGGACAACAUUGUCGCGUUUGCGUGGGAGCCCAAGGGGACGCGAUUUGCUGCUGUGCACGGCGAAGGCCAACAGCAUCUGAACGUGUCGUUCUACGACAUGGAUGGCGGCAGCAAUGUGGCCAAGGAGGUGACGCUCUUGUACACGCUCAAGGACAAGGCGUGUAGCCAUCUGUAUUGGUCGCCACUAGGCAACAACAUUGUGCUCGCUGGUCUCGGUGAGAUCAACGGCCAGCUCGAAUUCUGGGACACUACUGAGCAGCAGAGCAUCACAGUGCAGGAGCACUUUAAGUGCUCCCAUGUCGAGUGGGACCCGUCUGGACGUGUGGUCGCCACCGCCGUGUGCCAGCCGCUGGACAAUUCGUACUACAAGCUCACGAUGGACAAUGGCUACAACUUGUGGACGUUCCAAGGCAAGAAGCUCGUGGAAGAGAAGAAGGACACGUUCUUCCAGUUUCUGUGGCGGCCUCGUCCACGCACGCUCCUGUCGGAUGCGCAAUACAAGAACGUCGUGAAGAACCUCAAGAAGUUCGAGAAGCGCUUUGACCAGAUGGAUCGGCUCAAGGAGCGGGAGCGGGUGGCAGCCGAGAAUGCAGAGCGCAACAAGCAGGAACAGGAGUUCCACGAGUUGCUGCAGAAGCGUCUGAGUACAGCUGCUGAGCGACGUGCCGAGUACCUCUCGCUGCUGGGCGGGUACGACAGCGAGGACGAGAACGAGUACAUUGUGCAGAAACACACGUACGAUGACGUGCUCGAAGUGAAGGAGGAGGUUAUGCGGAAGUGA